AUGCUAAUUGUUUGUCUUGCCUAUCGCGGUAUAUAUGAAAGCUAUGACUUCGGAGCGGCUGAUGUGAACGUCUGUGGUGUGGACUCUGUGCUGCGGGUGUCAGGUACGUGA